AGCGGGAGGUACAAAUGGCAGGAACAUCAUGAUGGCAACUGUUAGAAGACUUCCACUGUGCAUGCUGUGUUUUCAAGAUAUGUGAAAGAUUUUGCGUCGAAUAUUGAGACUAUAUAUUGUCAACAAGAAUGGAACCCACAACAGCAAGUCCGAAACAAACUUUCAUAAGGACAGUUGCACCAGAUUUACUGCCAUGGUACAACAUGUAUAAAGUGGGCGAAUUUGUCUCCAGAAUGAGUGGUUUUUCAUCAAUCUAUUCAUGGUGUCAACAGAGAAUGACAAAGAAAUCGAAGGAAUCAGAUGUAUCAAGAGAAGCAAAUUUUCAGGAAGAAAUUCAGACAGCACUAAACAAAAUUGAACUGUUAGAGAGAGAAUUAAACAUUUUGAAGAAAGACAAACAGGAUGGUCCAUAUAAUUUGGUCCAACCGACAUUGUGCUCCCCCUGCCAAUGUUUGUGUGCCAGGUGUGGCCAACCUCUGGACAAGAAGCAAUCAAAUGUCUCGGAAUUUACGACUACCGGUACAUCAGUCCCACCCCCUCCCCCUCCUCCACCGCCACCCCCACCCCCUCCUCCAGCAACACCGAGCUCCAGUGUGAUGACCACCAGAAUAAAGCCUAAAAGGAAAAUAAUCCAGGAAAAUGAGAACAGAGUUUUUCUGGUGACAGAAGAAGCUUUGAAAUCAGUCAAACUGAGGCAAAGGCAGAAGACUGUGGACUCUGAGCCAGGAAAGCAGACACUGGGUGAAGCUCAGAUAAACAGUAUAAAGUUAAGAAACUGCAGACCUGAGGGGGUCAUCCAAGAGGAUGUAACAGCCAUGAUUGCUAAAGAAGCUGUCAAAUUCAAGAGAACUUUAAAGAAAACAGACAUGAAAAGGAGCCCCGGGGGUACUCCACUGGUCAACAAAUCGAGGAAGAGGGUGGCCAGUAGUCCCAGUAAUCUAACCUCUGUGAUGUACUCUGCACUUCAGGAAAAAUUUGCAACUGCAAAUACUUCCAUUGAUGAUAUAGAUGACACAGAAAAUGAUUUUCCCAAAAGAUCAAAGAAAUCACCAGUGCACAAACAAGGUCAAAGGAAAUCUCCACGCUUGAGUGAAGGCAGCCCCAAAAACAGCUUCCACCAUUUGAGAUAAAAAAAAUUUGUUUUGUUAUAGAUGGCUUUAUAAAUGAGUUUUCAUUUAAAAUUACUGUAUUUCAUAAUAUGUAUACAUUUUUGAAAUUUUAGCUUUAAUAUUUCUUACUCAUGAAAAUACUGUUAUUUUUAUUAUAUGAAUUGGGUUUUUACUGUUAUGAUACAUGUACUGAUAUGCAGUGUUGCUAGCAGUACAUGUACAUGUGACUGUCAGUGUUAAACAAUGUUGGAAAAUCUACAAGCUUUAUACUACUACUUCUGAAUUAAUAUGUUCUUAAGUUAAACAUUAUACCCAC